GUGUGUGUGUUCAUAUCUGCGUCACAGCAGAACAUUGUUCCUGGCCGGGGAGUGAAGAGUAGACGCGGUGUUUCUUGUGUUUGAUCUUUUCCAAAUCAUCCAUCAUGGUCAAAGUGACCUUUAAUUCGGCUCUUGCCCAAAAGGAGGUGAAGAAGGACAGCGAGACGCUUAUUCCCGAUGACAAGGACCCUGAGGCGGCGCAGGUUGUGGGUCAUCCGUCAAGGGUGUGGUGCUGGUGCUUCUACCUGGGACUGGCCCUCAUGCUGUCAGGUGUGGUUGUGGGCGGAGCUUACCUGUACAAGUACUAUGUGCUGGAGGAAGGGCAGGUGUUUGUGUGCGGCAUAAAGUACCGUGAGGAGAACUACAGGAUCCAGGAGGAGAAUGAUGAUUUAUUGCAGGAGUGUGACCUGAGCUUGCGUAGGAUUGACGAGAUCGUGCGAGUGCUGCAGGACGAAGAGGUGGAGCUCAUCAACGUCCAGGUGCCCAAUUUCAGCGACAGCGACCCGGCCAUCAUUGUGCACGACUUCAAACGGAGGUUGACAGCGUAUUUGGAUUUGACUCUGGAUAAAUGCUAUGUGAUUCCCCUGAACACGUCCGUGGUCAUGCCUCCUCACGACUUGAUGGAUCUGCUGGCCAAGCUCAAGGCUGGCACCUACCUGCCACAGACAUAUCUGGUGCAUGAGCAGAUGAUUGUGACUGAGAAGUUGGAUGACAUCGAGCCCCUGGGUACCUACAUCUACAAAGUGUGCCAAAACAAAGACACGUACAGACUGCAACGCCGAGACACCAUACUUGGUCUGCAGAAACGUGAAGCACUGAACUGUCACAAGAUCCGGCAUUUCGAGAACCACUUCGCUGUGGAGACAUUGAUCUGUGAGCUGUGAGGAGAAAUGUAAUGAAAA